ACUAGACUCUAGAGAGGUAAUGCUAAGCACGUUGGUACACGCUCCCACCGUGUGUUCUCCCUCCGGUUCGCCUCCCAACCCUUUGUCCAAGCACAUCGCCACACGCGCCUCCAUGGCCACCGCCUCAGCUCGUAGCUCAGCUCGAAUAGCAAUUGUCGGCGACGUCCAUGAUCAGUGGAAUCUAGAAGAAGAUACGAAGGCACUUGAACUGCUGCAGCCCGAUUUGGUUCUUUUUACAGGUGAUUUUGGUGAAGAGAACGUUGAACUCGUUCAGAGCGUUGCAAAGCUCGGAUUUGCUAAAGCAGUUAUUCUGGGAAACCAUGAUGCCUGGCAUACAAAACAGUUUUCUGGAAAGAAAAAAGAUGGCGUUCAACUUCAGCUAGAAUGUCUUGGCGAGGAGCAUGUAGCUUAUCGGCGUUUGGACUUUCCUUUGGUAAAACUGAGCGUUGUUGGUGGGCGACCGUUUUCUUGUGGGGGACAGCAGUUGUUUCGGGCAAAGCUUCUGUCUGCGAGGUAUGGGGUCCAAGACAUGGAUGGAAGUGCUAAGAGAAUAUGCAAAGCAGCUUUGGGUGCUCCAGAGGACCAUUUAGUCAUACUUCUUGCACAUAAUGGCCCCACAGGUCUUGGUUCUAACUCGGAUGACAUAUGCGGAAAAGAUUGGGUGUAUGGAGGCGGAGACCAUGGUGACCCAGAUCUAGCACAAGCUCUGUCCCUCUUAAAAGAGACGGGAAAAAUCUGUGGCCCAUUGGUAGUGUUUGGUCACAUGCAUAAACAGCUAGCAGAUGGAAAUGGUCUUCGGAAAAUGAUAGUGGUUGGAGCUGACAACACUAUAUACCUGAAUGGGGCCAUUGUUCCGAGGGUUAAGAGACUAAAUGAUGAAUUCGUGAAUAAAGAACCCCAUCUUUCAACACCAGAGUCCUGUGGCACCAUCCGUGCCUUCACUAUAGUGGAGAUUGUGGACGGAGCAGUAGAUAAAAUUGUUGAAAGUUGGGUUUCAGUUGUCGGCGAUAGGAUCACAUUGGAAGAGGAGCACAUGUUAUUCAACAGCGCCCAUUAGAUUUCUCUGGUUUUGAUUUUAGUAUUAUCCAUAUUUGUAUGUAUGGAAGUAGGUUAUCUGUCCACAAUGUCCUGAGUUAAAGGAAAAUAGUUGUUUAACACUGUUGGAUGUAUAUGCUAUUAGGUUUCCAAACAAAACAAAUCAAGUUUGUAUGAACAUGAAACUCAUUUCUAUAAAAUCUUACUUAUGUCUCAAUUUCAUUAAAAAUAA